AUGAAGAAGCAACCAGCACAGUUUCGGGCAGUAAAGCCCCCCAAAGGCCCCAUCGCAGCCCUGUCGGCACGCGGGGUGCCCUCCUCCUACAGAGCUCACCUUGACGAAGGGAGGGCUCGCAGUGACGGUACCUGCAUCCGAGCUCGGCGGGACACCAAACUUCAGCCCAGCCCGGGCGCCACCUUCCCCCGCACACCCCGCGAACCGUGGCAGGAUGAACCCACCGGCGACGCAACCCGGCCUAACGGGGAGGGGAGAUUGUGCCCCUCGCAGGGAAGAGCGAUACCAACCUUGGCUUACCGAGGGCUCUGCGCGGGGACCCGCGUCGCCGCCAGUUCCAGCCUAACUCAUCCCUCCGUGGGAGGUGGGAAGCGACAACCAUUUAGGGAGCGCGGUCGGGAGCGCAGAGGUACUUUCAAACUGGCGAGGCGGCCUACUCGGCAUGGCCCGGCCCGCUCCCGCCGGGCCCGGGCCGCCUCAGGGCCGCGGGGCGCGGGGGCGGCCGGGGAGCUCGCAGGCCACCAGCAGCCGCCGCCGCCGCAGCCCGCGGCCAGGCCCGGCCCGCCGCUCGCCGCUCCCCAUCGGGCGGCCCCGCUGACAGCGCGGGGACUGCGCCCCGAGGCCUUCACCGCCGCCGCGCCGGGAGGCCCCGCGGUGGGCUCGGGUGCAGGGGGACGCUGCCCGCCCGGGGCCGCCCCCGCCCCGGCGAGGCGCACACAAAGGGCGGCGGCGGCGGCCGGGCCGCUCACCUGCGGCGGGAGGAGGCCUCGCCGGCGGCAGGGCCGCGGCCUGCGCGCUGCGCCCGAGCCCCGCGCUGGCGUGGAGGUGGGAGCCGGGAUGGAGCAAGGGAGGGAGGGAAGGGAGCGAGCGGCGGGCGGGAGCGCAGCGGAGGGAGCGGAGCGGGCCGGGCCGGGGCGGCCGCGCCGGCGGCGGAGGAGGCGGGGCGGGCGCGGCGGGUGCUGCCCCCUGCCGGGCCGCGCCGGCAACUGCGCGGCCGCGGGGAGCGAGCGGGGUGUCCCGGCGGGAGCGGCGGCCAUGAGCGCCGCGCUGGUGGGGUACAGCAGCUCCGAGGAGGAGGAGGAGCAGGAGCAGGAGGAGAAAGGGGGGAGAGCGCGCGGGAGGCGGGAGCGCGCGGCCUUCCUCCUCCUCUUCCUCGUUCUCACCCCGCUCCGGUCCCGCAGCGCCGGCCGCCCCCGCCUGCCCGCGCCCGCCGGCCUGCCGGGAGACCUAGACCCGGAGGAGGCCGUGAGCGAUGACAGCUCCCGGCACGGCGGCCGCGUGCGCGGCUUCCCCCACGAACGGGGCAACUGGGCCACGCACGUCUACCUGCCCUACAUUGCCCAGGAGGAAUUCCUGGAGCUGCUGGAGCUGCUGGUGUCCCGCGCCCGCACCUACGUCCCGUCGCUGGCUGCCAUGGAGGAGUUCCACCUGAGCCUCUCGCAGUGCGUGGUGCUGCGCUACCACUGGAUUGAGCCCUUCGUUCGCUCCCUCAGGGAGCGCCUGGCCGCCUUCCACAGGUUCUUCUGUGUGGCUGACCAAGUGAAGGUUUACACCAACCAGAACAAAACCAGGACUUUCAUUGGCUUGGAGGUCUCUGCUGGGCAUUUCCAGCUGCUGGAGCUGGUGUCGGAGGUGGAUGGAGUUCUAGAGGAAUUUGACCUUCCCACAUUCUACAAGGACCCAUCAUUCCACAUCAGCUUGGCCUGGUGCGUCGGGGACCUGUCUGGCAGGCUGGAAGGGCAGUGUCUGCGGGAACUCCAGGACAUUGUGGAUGGGUUUGAGGAGUCAGCAUUCCUGCUGCGUAUCCAAUGGGAGCAAAUCCGCUGCAAGUCAGGGAACAAGUACUUCUCCUUCCCUUUGAGCGUCUCUGCGGUGUUUGUGGCCUCAAGUCGGGCUACUUCCAGUUUGAGCUGCUGGCUGAAGAAAACUGUGUUUGUAGCAGAUUCCAUCCUCGCUGCUGGAUGUGCUGCAGUCAGCACCGGUGGUUCCAGUCAUCACACAGUCACUAAUUUUGCUGAUUUUUUUAAAAGAAAGAAAAAAAUAAAUCUUCAAAAGCCAUAGAUGCCUUAUGGGAAGGAGGAAGAAGGUAGCGUGGGAAGCUGCUACUAAAGGGAGAGUGUCUCACACAGUGGGAAGUAGCAGUGCCAGAUUGUUGGGAGACUCUGGGCAUGUUUUGAGUAGCAAGAGGCAAGAGCUGGAUCCUCUUCCCUGAGUGUUUUCCUACUGUAAGCCAGCUUGGUCGAGCUCCUGAGUCAUGUUGUGUCCCUCUCACACUGCUGCUGCCUGUGUAGAGACAUUGCAGUGUCUGAUCCUUUUGCCAAACAACAAGAGCUUGCUGCCAGGUGUGGAAUGGACAGUCAGUGUUUGCCUGAGAUGGGAGGGCAGUCCCUUCAGGUCAGUCAAAGGGUUGCAGCUCCUGCCCAGGCCCCACACUUUUUCCCUGUGUGAUCAGCACCCCAGAUGGAUGAUGACCCAGGGGAUUACAGGCUGGACACUGUCCCUUGGGAGAAGCUCCUUUUUAAUCCUUUUGCUCCUGUGGGUUGGUUAGCUGCAACCUGUCAGGUAGUUGGAAUAAACAGGAUGCUGAUGCGAUGUGCUGAAUCUUUUAUUCUGUGUCUGUUAUUCCAUGUCUGUCCGGGACUUCUGAGCAGUAAAAAUCUGCCUCCUCAUAUCAUAAAA